GUUUAAAUCGUAAAUUUGCUCGGAUUUUUUUUUUCUUCGUAAAUUUUGUUUAUCGACUGAAGUUAAUUCAAAGAUGCACGAACGAGAUACGACGACCUUGAAAUUCUGGAAAGUUUACCACCUUUCACGAUCUAAACUUGUAUAUAUUAACAAUUGUCGCCCGUUUUGCGAUUCGCGGAGAAGUUACCGAAAAUUCGAAGUUAUUUCACAAAUUAGCGCUUUAGUUCGAAAAUUUUAGCCUUCUAAACCUUUACGGGAUUCUUUUCUAGGCGUUUAAACUCGAAAAACGUUAGUCUUGAACUAAUUCUGUGACGUUUUCUGUAAGUUUUAUAGCCGACAUGUUGCUCCGAGUCAUCGUCCUGAUCGCGUUUUUAGCUUUUUUAGUAUCGUUCCAAAACCUGUCGGCGGCCAACUUUUACGAAAAAUUCUUUCGCAUAACUCUGAAAAAGUAUCUUCAUCAAGGGAAAAAGUGAUUUUAAUUGGAUUGCUUUAAUUUACCUUUUAAUUGGUCUUUAUACAAGUGAUAUAAUAUCUAAUAAGUUGACUUUAUACCACAGCAUCAAUAGUGAUGCGUAUUGAAAGUGGUUCAGGUAAAAGUACACAAAAAAUGGCAGGAACAGUUCAAACUAAUACACAAAAAAAUAGAACAUUAAAACUUAAAGAAACAGUGAAAGUAUCCAAACAAAAUACAACAGAAGAUAAAGAACAUUUACUUGCUGAUACUCAAAUGAAAUGUAAUACAAGUAGUGAUAUAGUUAACAAACUUGAAGAUUUACAUUUAUGUGAUAUUAGCAAUAUUCCUAAAUCAGAAUCUGUUAGCUUGGAAAACAAUCAAACUAAUAACACAACAAAAAAUGUUGAUGUAUCCAGCAAUCCUUCAAACACAAAUCAAAAGCCAACAGGAAAAAGUAAAAAGUCAAAAACAAAGAAGAAUAAACGUAAGAAGAAAUUGCAAUCUUCAGAAGCACUAACAAGUCAAGAAGCAGCCUCAUUCAGUGCUUUUAUGAAUCAUAUGAUAACUAAAGAAUGCAGAAGAUCAUCAAUAAAUAAGAUGAAAAUGAUGCAAGAAAUGAAUGAAAAGAUGCAUCAGAAUCAAGGAGAAAAUGCAGAUGGUUGUAAUGGAGUUGAAGAAACUGUAGUUGAUAAUCUUGGUUCUAAAAAAUCAAAGAAACAAAUGAAUGGGAUAAAUGUAGGGGACUGUAGUGAUUCUGUUCAGAGUUUAACAGACAAUGGAAGUUUACCUCACAGUGCCUACUCUGAUUUUCCAAGUGAGGAUUCUGGAAGCGAUAGUGGUAAAGGAGGUAGUGGUAGUGAUAUACAAUGCGGUAAUGAAACAAAUGCUACUGAUAUACUAUUUUCAUAUACAUUUGAAGUUCCUCAAGAGUUUUGUGGUGCUCUAAUUGGAAAGCGUGGGCGAUUUAUUAAUGGAAUUCAGGAUGAUACUACUACAAGAAUAUUUGUUAGAGAAAAUGAACCUGUUAUAGUUGGAGUUAAAAUCUGUACAAUCGAAGGAUCUGAAAGUGGAAUUAAGAAAGCUUUAUCAUUAAUUCGAAAAAGAUUUCCUCUUUCCCAUUAUCCUGCUAUAACACUUCAACAAAUUGUAUAUUCGGUGGAGCCAUAUGCACUACCAGAUUAUUUGCAGCUACGAAUUCCAGAAGGUGUACCAUGUGAAGUUGUUGUAUCAAGUUGUAUGUCUCCUGGACAAGUUUUUCUGCAGCAACCAACACAUCCAACUUAUCCUUCUUUACCAAGCUUAGAUAAUCUCAUGAGCACAUGGUACAGCCAAAUGGAUGCUCCAGGAAUUGUGAUGCCUCAAGAAGGUAACUUAUGUGCUGCACCUGGAAUAAAUGGAUGGUAUAGAGCAAAGGUAAUUAGUAUCAAUGAAGCAAAUGAAUGUGAAGUAAUGUUUCUUGAUUAUGGAGGAUAUUCAACAGUACCAGUCUCCUAUUUGCGACAAAUCAGAGGUGAUUAUUUGACUUUACCAUUUCAAGCACAAGAAUGUUACUUGGCAAAUAUUGCUCCUCCUAAUGGAGCAGAAGUAUGGAGUAAUGAGUCAGUAGAAUUGUUUGAAGGAUUGGUUCGAGGCCAUGUUUUACAUGCUGUAAUUACUGCUUAUGCUGUUAAUGGAGUACCCUUAAUAUUGCUUUACAAAGUUCAUAAUGGAUUAACACUCUGCAUAAAUGAUGAAUUGGUGCAUCGUAAGGUGGCACAAUGGAUCUCAACUUGAGAAUGUAAAUUUUAUAUGCUUGAAAGAGAAAUUGGAUUAUCUGUAUUGUGUUGGACUAUACAUUUUGAAUUCAUGUUUUGUCGGCUGCAAAAAUUCCAUAAUACAUCGAGUAAGAUAUUCAGAAGGCUUGUCAUGAAUUUUAGAUUUAUAUGAAGUAUUUUCAUAAAUAUGGAUAUAUGAUGACAUUUGAUCAAGAACAGACCAAGUUUUGUUUAAUUACUAUUGUGUACAUUUGCAUCUUAAAUUAUAAGGAUCUUAUGAAAUCAAUUUGAAUUUUUCUUUUUCUACAGUAACUUUUAUGUUUUUGUUCUUAACAUUUACUUUACGUAGAUAUGUAAUAAACAUGUGCAUCACUGAUUAGUUUGAAUUUAUCUGUGUGUAAGUUUGGAAAAUUGCUAGUGUAUCAAAAGCUAAUUUUUGUAUUUGUGACAUCUUUAAAUCAAAUAUCACUGAUAAUCAUCUAAGUCUUCCCUUAAGAUGUAUUGUUAAAGAUAUAACUCAUAAAUUGCAAGACCUAAAAAAUCAAUUUGCUCAUAAAGCUACAGGUUUUCAACAACAAUGUAAUAUAUUUGUUUCCGAAUCAUCACUAUGCAAUUGCAACAUUAUCCGUUGCAAAUGCUGAUAGUUUCGUACGUAUAUUUACAAUGUAUGUGUGUGUGUCUGUGUAUAAAAUCUUGGACAGAAUUUUUCUAUGCAAUGAGGAAAGCCUUAUUACCAUUUCAUUGAUUAAACAUUGUAAAUUUUUAGAUCUCUGUAUAGUUUCAUCUGAUCAAUAAUAGACACAUAAAUAUAUAUACAUAAUACACACAGUUUUCAGAACUAUUUCUAUGUGAAUGUUUUUAGUGGAUUUUUCUAAUUUAUUAGAGAAUUUUGUUACAAAAGAAAUGCUGGGCUUGCUUUUUAUGCCAACAUUGUGAUAUUAUUAUUAUUAUUUGUAGAAAAUCAUAGAUAUUCUAAUUGUCAACUACUAAAUAACAUCAAGAGUUACCCGUUACCCACUAUUUUUCCUCAUUGCAUGUUGAGCAUGUAUAUUUUUUAUUCAUCUUCGAUGAUACGAGGAAAACUUAAAUGUAAAAAGUAUUAA